AAGGCAGGUGUUUUGCGUAAAAAGAAGCUGAAAAGGACGAGAUUUGGAUUGAACUUGUCGCAGUGAAACAUAGAACCUUGAUUUUGAUAGUUUUUUACAGAACAAAAACGGGAUUUGCCACUCUCGAAUACUGUGUGUAGGUCGUUUGGGAGUAUAUAACAAGUUAAAGAACCAAGUAUUCUUGAAAAAGAAACUUCUUAUAGUACUAGACCUCAAAUUUUGGUGGUUUUCCCCUUUUUUUUGAAGGUCAUUCAUCAGAACGGGUAAUAUAUCCAACAAGAAUCGGUCGUUUGGAGCAGUAGAACCAUAGUUAUAUGUGUUCAGAGUGACGCACAAGAUUUACUUCUUCCAUACCAUACCAUAUCUUGUAUAAAACACUUCGUCUCACUUUCAUCUCUUACGACUCUAGUGCUUUGUGUGGAUCUAACUCUCAGUCGUCUGCUGGUUUGAUUGUAUGGAUUUUGACGAAUUCAAACUUAAGUAAAAGAAUCUCUAUUGCUUCUUUUAUUUUUCCCAUAAUCCCAAGUGCUUUUCUAUCUAUCUUUACUUAUUUGACUUUGGCUGCGCUGUUGGCUUUUCCAUCUACAUUUUCAUCUACGAUCUCGGCGAAUACUGUCUGUAAACACAAAAUUCUCGCGAUACACACGCAUUUAAUAUAUUUCUCGACUUUUCCUUGAUAAAAUUGAAUGUUCUGCCUUUUCGGAUAGUUGGGUGUUAUUACUAUCACCGAACUUUGUAUCUUCAUUUUGUUUUCCUUUAGAAAACGCGCCUUUCUUUCCCUUCUACAUUUUUACUCCCCUCUUUUCUUUUUUCUCUUCUUGUAUCCUCUUACCGUCGUUCGUUUCUCAAUUAUUCGCAUCAUCGAUUCAUCCCUGUAUUUUCUUUGAAUAGCUUCAACCGUUCCUAUACCUUCUAGUGCUGCUCGAGUAGCUUGCUUAUACUUCAUCAAAGAUUUAAUUUCCUUGUGUCAUAUAAUUGUUAUACCUGUUAUCCUUUUUCUUUCCUUACAAAUUCCCUACCGCCUCUAUUACCUCUAUUACUAAAGCAGGGUAUAUUUUUUUACAUAUUCUAAUUAAUCCUAAUUGGUUGCUGACUUCUAAUUCUCUUUUUUAAUUUUCGUUUAUUAAGUACUCAGAAUGAAUCAAACUAUUCAUACGGUUCCCUCUAAUUCUCGUCGUCAGCAUACUUCUGGUCUCAGUGCUGCAAAUACAAAUAAUUUGGUUGCAACCCCUACAGGAGCUCCAAAUACUCAGGCCAAGGAGGCUGUACCUCUAGCAAAUAAUACUAAUAAUCAGUCAAAGCUUGUGACCGAGCCAUCAAAGGGCUCUAAUUUUAUGAGUACUACUCAAAAAACCAAGAAGGACGCAAAUGGAUCUACCCAAAAAGUGAAACAGUAUGUGUGUACAAUUUGUUCUCGUGCUUUUGCCCGUUUGGAACAUCUAAAGAGACAUAUUCGUUCUCAUACUAAUGAAAAGCCUUUUGUUUGUCAGGAAAUAGAUGGUUUGCCCAUUGGUUGUGGACGUUUGUUUUCCAGGCGUGAUUUGCUUCUUCGACAUCAACAAAAAAUUCAUAAAAAUCCCCAGCCAAGAAGGCGAAGACGUUCAACCAACUCCAUUCCCAAUAUGACGGUCGCCGAUGCUCAAUCUUUUCUCACAAAUAUGAAUGCUCCCAACAAGCGGUCGCUACCUCACCCUUCCAGUACUACCGAUUCCGCCAGAUUCUCCAAUCUUCAACCUUCGACUCAACCUACAGUUUCUUCUCCUUCUUCAUCUUCCUUAUAUUCCAAUACUGGUUGGCUUGAAUCUCAAAAGCAACGUUUAGUAUCUGCUGUUAACGUUGCUGAUGCUGUAGCUUCUAGCUUGCCGUCGACUUCGUUUCCUUCGUCUGUUGGUUACCCUCCUGUACCUGAUUCCUCCUUCGGUUUGGCAGACAACUCUCUGUUUUUCCGACGUGCAACAAUUGCCCAAGAACUGUUUCCACCUGCCCCAUACCAACCACCUUCUGGCUUGUACGAUCAAAAAGGACCCACUGAUUCUAACUUUCCUUCUUUUGAAGAUGACCCUUCUUUAUUAUCAUAUCCUUCGUAUUCUAAAAAUGCUGGUUCAAGUACUUAUUGGAAUAAACUAACGGUACCUGAAACUAUACCUGAGGGCCAUGAAAUGUAUAAAUCUGAUUGGGGUCAUUAUUCAGAUCCAUUGUCCGUUCCGGUGUCUCAGGGCUUGAAUUCAAACGACAUCCUUGCAUUUUUUCAACCUUCACCUCAUCCAUCGCCUAAAGAAGUCAGCAGCACGAAUACCCCUAAUAACUAUCUUGUAGAGACAUCUAAUAACUCUAAUACAAGUUCAGUUGAUUAUGUUCGGCCGGAUAAUGUCGAGAACUCUGUUACAAAUGCUGCUGCCUCUCCAAUGGGAAGUAUUUUUUCUCCUAGCUAUUAUAGUCCCGAUUCUAUAGUACAGUCUUCUAUGGCAGUCAGUCCAACAACUAGCAUGCCUCCAAACAUGAGAAUGUCGUCAUAUGGAAGUGUGGAUGCAAACUUGGCUUCAGAUGUGUACGGCACGGAUGCCUUUCCACCAAGAGGGUUCGUAGACAUGAAUAGAAUGAAAGGUUUCGAGAAUUCAGAUAGAUUGGCAUCGACACCAAGCACAACUCCAAACACUUAUCUUGGUCCCGUCGGUGAGGAUUAUACAGACAUUAUUAACGGUGGAUUGGCCCAAGAAAUGCUUUAUGCAGAAAAUAAUGAUUAUCGACAGGACAGUUUUAAUCCUGCUAUUGCCAAAUAACCGUGAACCUUACGGCACCCACUCUCCCUUUCACCUUAAUAGUACAUCUAAUUGGUCUUCUGAUAUGGAUUAUAUCUCUUCCAGCAUACCGAAUUUCAAUACAGGUUUAGAACAGCCUUCUGAGCAUGCUGCGUUUUAUUGAAACAUUUGAUUUUUAUUCUUUAUAUCUAUUUUAUUUUAAAAAAAUUCCUUUAUGUUUAAUUAAUUUCCCAAAAAAGAAAAAAAAAAUCAAAAAAAAGAAGGAAAGACGUUUCGGUUCAUAUUUUUUGACAACUAAUUACUUUGGAGACAGCAACAUUCAUAAAAGUUAAUUUAAUCUAAUGUUUUUGCUUUCACAUUUAUAUAGGAAAGAAUAAUUUGUGUAUUUAAUGUGAAAAAUAAUGACAUCUUGAAUGUUUUAGGAUGUUAUUUUGCAUGCACAGUCAAUCAUACAGAA